UGAGUGAAAGAAAUUAUGGCGUUGAAUGAAGGAUCGGAGCCCGUGAGUCCAAGCGGACAAUACUUGAACAGCUCGGUCUUGUCUAUUUCUAUUCUCACUGUUUUGGAAUCUGAAGUUCCAAUCAACGACGCCCAUGCCAUUUCAUUGCUCAACCAUGUCUUCCUCCCCAUCAAUCCACGCUUCUCCUCCGUCAUGGUUACAAACCAAAAAGGUGAUAAACAAUGGAAAAGGGUUGAAGUGAAGCUUGAAGACCAUGUUAAUGUCCCCAUUUUCCCUGCCGGCUUGUCACCCACAUCAUACGAUGAAUAUCUUGACGACUACAUGUCAAAGAUAGCAAUGGAUCAGUUUCCCCAAAGCAAACCACUAUGGGAAAUUCACAUAUUCAAGUAUACAACAAGCAACGCAGCUGGUAAUCUCAUAUUGAAGCUUCAUCAUUCACUUGGUGAUGGCUAUUCUCUUAUGGGUGCACUUCUUUCUUGUCUAGAAAGAGCGGAUAAUCCUUCUAUUCCCCUUACAUUGCCGUCACGCCCACGCUCAGAACCAAAAAGUGAAAACAAAAGUGCUUUUGCAAGAGCGUUACAAACCUUUUCGUCAGUCUCUAACACUCUAUUCGAUUUUGGAUGGAGUGUGUUAAAGAGCACUUUGGUUGAGGAUGAUCGAACACCGAUAAGGAGUGGGGAUGAAGGAGUGGAGUAUCGGCCAAUCACAAUAUCAACCAUGACAUUCUCUCUUGAUCGUAUCAAACACAUAAAGAACAAGCUUGGAAUGACAACAAAUGAUGUAAUAUCUGGAAUAAUCUUCUUGGGCACCCGAUUAUGCAUGCAAGAGAUAAGCAAUGAAUCAAGUGAAGCACAUUCGACAGCCUUAGUGUUGCUCAACACAAGAAUGAUUAGUUCCUACAAGUCAAUCAAGGAAAUGGUUGAACCAAACUCAGAGGCUCCAUGGGGGAACCGAUUCGGCUUCUUACAUGUUCCAAUUCCAAAGUUUAAGGAUCCUAAAUCCUUAGACCCACUUGAGUUUGUGAGGGAAGCACACAAGAUAAUCAAGAGGAAGAGAAGCUCAUUGGAUGUUUAUCUCACCGGCAGGCUAUUGGAGAUUAUGAAGAAUAUUAGAGGACCCGAGGCGGUUGCUAGACACAUCCAUAGGACACUAAGGAACUCCAGUGUGACGGUGACAAAUGUGGUUGGGCCAAUUGAAAAAAUGGCUUUGGCUAAUCAUCCAGUUAAAGGCAUAUAUUAUAUGACAAUUGGUGUGCCUCAGAGUCUUACCGUAUCAAUAAUAAAUUACAUGGGGAAUCUGAGGGUCACCGCCGGGAUAGAAAAGGGAUUCCUAGAACCCCAAAAGUUCAAGUCAUGCAUGAAAAAUGCCUUUGAGAUGAUGCUCAAAGCUGUGGAUGAACUUCCUCUACGUAAAACUUUAAUUUGAAAGUUUUUAUAUUCUUCAUGUAAGUUUAUUUUAUAUUAUCAUCACAAACGUAAAAGUUUUUAUAUUCUUCAUGUAAGUUUAUUUUAUAUUAUCAUCACAAACGUAAGGGUUUUAAUUUUCUCUUGAAUUGUUAUUUGGUAAGCAAAAAGAUUACUUCCAACCUGAUUGCGAAUAGACUAGUAACUAAAUGAAAGAAUGUUUUUAUAGUAUUGGUUUAUUUUUUUUAUUUUUUCUUUUAACUUUUGGUUUCGUGUAAUAAGAUUUUAAUUACUUAUAUGUGGUUCUAUACUACAUCUUAGAAUAUAUCGAUAAUA